AUGGUAGACUUGCCUUACAUUGAAAACCCACCACGCAAACGCCGGAGACCAGCUGUAGCUUGCGUUGAAUGCCGCCGACGGAAGGUCAAGUGUGACCGUGCUAAGCCUUGUGGCCCCUGUUAUCAAUCCGCCCUGACAUGCUUUUAUCGUCCACCGUCCUUCUCGCAAAGCGGCCCAACUCCAGCGCCCGCCCCUCCGGCGCCGGCUCAACAAUUCCUUCACAACUCGUUCCAGGGUGCCAACUUGACAGGAUCUGUUGGCCUACCUAUAGAUCAGAGGACCUCCCCGAGCUCUGGAUUUAGUGAAGAAUCGAGGCCAAAGAGCGCUAUUCUAGUCGAUACGCACCGGUCAUCAUCGAGUGUGGGAACUCAGAACCCAUCGAACAUAUUGACAAGCAGUGACCCCAACUUCAGUAGCCCCGAUCUCCUCUUUUUGGACGCCCAGCAAGAUGAUAGCCAGCGUUUCAUUGCAGUAUCCCCGCCAGCAGACUCGCCUGCGACAGGUUGCACGAAACACUUCAAAGAGCAUACAAUUACCGGCCUCGACCGGUUGGGACUAUUCAGCUCCAUGAACGAUCAGAUGACUGAUUCAACUGGAGAAUUCGCAGAAGUCCGGGAUGGACCUAUCAAGUUGCCCCGACGCAGCACUUGUGACAAACUCGUGCAAAACUAUCUCCGCACAUUUGAGUCUACGAUUCGUAUACUUCAUAUUCCUUCCUUCAAAGCAGAAUAUGAGUCGUACUGGAUCAACCCUUGGGGAACUUCGGAUGUGUUUUUGCGCAAGCUGAUCCUGGUCCUGGCCAUUGGAACUUGUUUUAUCGGCUACAACGACGCGUACGAUCCGCAGCUCCGGUCUAUGGCUUCGACAUGGACAUACGAUGCUCAGGCAUGGUUGAUGAGGGCUUUUGACGUACGGGGAGUAGACCUGGAUAUGCUGGAAGUAUCUUGUUUAUUGAUCACUGCACGGAAAACAGAUUUGGUAACUUCACAGCUGGACUGGAUUUCGGUGGACUUUCCGCUGAGAAUGGCGUUGAGACUACAGCUGCAUAAGGAACCUAGCAUUCAUUUCCCUCACCUUUCGCAACUCGAAGCCGAGAGAAGGAGGCGACUAUGGGCCGCCGUGUUGGAGAACUGUUUGCAAUCGUCGCUCGAUUCGGGCAUUCCGAUGUCGAUUUCGGGCGACGCAUAUGAUUGUCUACCGCCGGGCAAUUUUAACGAUGUCGAUCUCCACGAGGAGGGUCAUCUAGAGCCCGCAACUGAAACGAGCGGCUUCACUGAAAGUACAAUGUCGAUUUUUUUGAUGAAGACGAUACGUUUAAGGAUGCGUAUUGCGCAGUUUCUGAGUAGCUUGCAGCCGGAACUGAGUUAUCAUGAGGCACUGAAGCUUAGCGCUGACCUUGAGGCUAUGUGCCGAUCCCAGGAGAAGGACCUCCAGGUCUUUACGACAGGAGCCGCGCCAGGUAGCGCAGUGCCGUCUGACUUUCAGAAGAAACUACACAGCAGUCUUAUUCGGCGUUGCCUUUUGGCUCUACACGGAAGUUUUGCUUCCAAAGCGAAAUUUGACCCCUUGUUUUAUUUUUCGCAUAAAGCCGCAACCGAAACUUCUCUGUUUCUGCUCAAAUACUUGUUAUCAAGCCAGCAAAAUAGUCACGCCAUGCCAGAGGAUGACUUUUCUUUACUCAUUAUAUCUGGAUCCAGCAUCAUUAUUAGCUUCUUAUGGGAGGCAACGGCUCAUGUCUGUGCUGAUGUUAUCAAUAACAUCACGGAGAGCCCGUUUCCACUUAUCAGCAGUCUCUCACGAAGUGAAUUGACUCAAACUAUCCAAUGUGCUAUUGAUACCGCAAGGAGCUGUCUUCGAGCUGGCGACACAGCGGUGGAACCCUUGGUGUUAUUUUCCUGUUCACUAGCACAUAUAAAAUCUGUUUCAGAGGAAAAGCCUAUUGAUAAGAGCAUCAUGGAGGCAGCUAGGAAUAGUUUAUUGUUCUGUUAUAAGGUUUUAGAAUCCGGAUAUAGAGAGGAAGGGCAUGACAAUCGCCUUGACAUCUCCAUCGGUCGUCAUGGGCUCGAGUUUCCAGAUUACGAUAGUGGAACCGACCUGUGGGAUACUGUAGUUAAUGCGCCCAUUAUGCUAUUUGAAUGA